GUGGGUGAGAAUGGCCGCCAGUGGAGACGUUGGAAAGCUGUUACAGGUACAGAAUGGGACGCCAGCAAGCACAAGCUACAACGGCGUAGACGCCCUGCAUGCGUGCACCGUCCUACAGCAGCUGAAGGCCCUGUACGAUGAAGCGCAACUGACUGACAUCGUCGUGGAGGUGGAUCAUGGCAAGACCUUCUCCUGUCAUAGAAACGUACUGGCCGCGAUCAGCCCUUACUUCAGAUCAAUGUUCACCAGUGGCCUUACAGAGAGCAGCCAGCGAGAGGUGCGUAUUGUGGGCGUGGAGUCCGAGUCCAUGCGCCUGGUGCUGGACUACGCCUACACGUCGCGUGUGGCACUGUCCGAGUGCAACGUGCAGGCCCUGUUCACGGCAGCCAGCAUCUUCCAGAUCCCGGCGCUGCAGGACCAGUGUGCCCACUUCAUGAUCAGCCGCCUGGACCCGCAGAACUGCAUUGGUGUGUUCAUGUUCGCAGACGCCUAUGGUCACCAGGAGUUGCGUGAGCGUGCGCAGGACUACGUGCGCAAGAAGUUCCUGUGCGUGGUGCGCGAGCAGGAGUUCCUGCACCUGACCAGUGAGCAGCUGGUGGGAAUCCUCAACAGCGACGACCUCAAUGUGGAGAAGGAGGAGCACGUGUACGAGAGCAUCGUGCGCUGGCUGGAGCACGACCGGCCACGCCGCGAGGCACACGUGGCGGAUGUUUUCGCCCGCUGCGUGCGCCUGCCGCUGCUUGAUGAGGCCUUCCUCAGCUGCAUUCCGCCCGCCUUUGCCUCAGUGCUGUCCCGCGAGCGCACGGACAAGACCCGGCCGACAGGCUGCCCGCAGCGCCUGGGCAUGACCGCCUCCGAGAUGGUCAUCUGCUUCGAUGCGGCGCACAAGCACUCAGGGAAGAAGCAGACGGUUCCCUGCCUGGACACGGUCACGGGGAAGGUCUACAAACUCUGCAAGCCCCCCAACGACCUUCGAGAGGUCGGCAUCCUCGUCACCUCCGAGAACGACAUCUUUAUCGCCGGUGGCUACCGGCCCAGCAGCAGCGAGGUGGCCAUUGACCACCGCGCUGAGAGCGACUUCUGGCAGUACGAGCAUGCUGGCAACCGCUGGCUGGCACGCUCACCGCUGCUCCGCGCGCGCAUAGGCUGCAGGCUCGUGCACUGCUGCGGCAAACUCUAUGCCCUCGGCGGCCGCGUCUACGAGGGCGACGGGCGCAACGCCCUCAAGUCCGUCGAGUGUUAUGACGCCAGGGACAACUGUUGGACCGCCGUUAGCCCCAUGCCGGCUGCCAUGGAGUUCCACAGUGCCAUCGAGUACAAGGACCGCAUCUAUGUUCUCCAAGGUGAACACUUCUUCUGCUUCGAUCCGCGUAAGGACUACUGGGGCCACCUGACCCCCAUGGGCGUGCCGCGCAGCCAGGGCCUGGCCGCCCUGCACCUCGGCCACAUCUACUACAUCGCCGGCAUUUGCCGGAACCACCAGCGCACCUUCACAGUGGAGGCGUACGACAUUGAGCAAAGCGUCUGGACCCGGCGGCAGGACCUGCCCUUCGAGCAGGCCGCCAGCCCCUACAUCAAGGCCCUGCUGCUGGCCGGGCGCCUGCAUCUGUUUGUGCGUGCCACGCAGGUCGUGGUGGAGGAACACGUCUUCCGCACGAGCCGCAAGAACUCGCUCUACCAGUACGACGAGGAGGCCGACUGCUGGGCCAAGGUCUACGAAACGCCCGACCGCCUCUGGGACCUGGGCCGACAUUUCGAGUGCGUGGUGGCCAAACUGUACCCUCAGUGUCUUCAGAAAGUGCUCUGAGUGGGGCAGUGGGAAUGGCAGGGAACGUGGUGCGAAGUUUGGGGUGGCUGGUUUUGUUUUGUUUUUUUUGUUCGUUUGUUUUUGUUUUUUUGGGGUUUUUUUGUGGAAGGGGGUUGGUCCUUGCACCCCCACCCCCGCUGCAUAUGGUGCUGACCAAGUCCCCAGAUGUGCAAGUGCUGGUGUUGGAGUUGAUUGAUCGGUGAACUUGCAGGCUGUGCUCAUCAGAGAGACGGCAUUAUUUUAACCGGAGAGACGCGCAUGCCACAUCCCGCCGCCCCCUGCUUGUUUUUACAGUCAAAACAAACAAAUUCUAAGUGCAAUUAUCAUUAUAGUUCGCAAACCUGUGUUGAGCCAUUUAUUUUGGUUUUGUUUUGGGUUUGUUUUUUUUACCUUGUAUCUCAGACGUACACCCUGGCAGUUUGUGGUGGUGCUUUGCUGUUUUUUCUGCUGGUUUGUCAGCAUGCGUUGUUGAACACAGAGUAAUACAGGAUGUCUUUAUUUUGUAAAGGACAGGCAGUGUGUUUUUUGCAACAGAAAUAUUGAAAGUAAUAAAAAUAUAAAUACUUCUAUACGGGUAUGAUGGCCUAGGGAGCUCACUGUUGGGUAGCUAACAUCGCAACACUGACUUUUCUUUAACUCAUUUUCUUUGAUUUGGCCUCUUUUAUGACCUAGUCGUUAGGUAAUCCUUAAUCUUGUUGAAUUGCCAAGUUGUUUAGGUGACAUUUUGGGUAUUUUUGUUGGUUUGUUUGGGGGUUUCUUUUUUUUUAAAUUUUAAAAUACUUUGUGUUUCUUUUUUUUUUUUAUUUUUUUUUUUUUAAGUGUCAUCCUGACAAGCUUUCUGCUGCCACUGCAGUUAUGUUUAUUUGGUUUUGGAAUUUCAUCUCCCCCGUACGAGUCUUGUCAUCACCUGGUUCAGUGUUUUAUGCUCCAGCCAUCUCUCUGUCUCUCUCUCUCUCUCUCUGUCUCUCUCUCUCUCUCUCUCUCUCUGUCUCUCUGUCUCUCUCUCUGUCUCUCUGUCUCACACAUAAAAACAAACUAAAACCCCUCCACCUCCAGGACUAAUCCUCAAGCAUUCAGUGAGUUUACUGGUGUGUCAGAACGGAACACAACACUAAACUUCUGAACUGUUGUGGUCUUUGAGACACCAGUGCAACUUCAGGCCUGAUGUAUGGUUCUUAAUUAACACCUAGUUUUGUGUCACCGGCCGCGUUGUUAGUGAGGUUGUAACAUUAACUUCAGUCUCCAUAUUGGAGAGAAGCAGGAGAGGCCAGGGUCCGUCAGCAGCAGGACUGGGGUUGUGGGCUUGUGACUCAAGUGUCAUUAUAGCAUGGGUUCCUCAGCCACAUACACACUCAC